AGGCGUGCAAAAAUGGAACGUCCCUCCCCGACCCGGUUCUUGCCGGGGUCGCUUGCUGCUGACGUGUGCCGACCGGCUUCUGACUGCGGUGUGGGUCGCUAUGGCGGUGGACAUCACACUCCUCUUCCGGGCGAGCGUCAAGACGGUGAAGACACGGAACAAGGCUCUGGGAGUAGCGGUGGGUGGCGGGGCCGAUGGCAGCCGGGACGAGCUGUUCCGCCGAAGCCCUCGGCCCAAGGGAGACUUCUCCAGCCGGGCUCGCGAAGUGGCGACCUGUGUGAAAGAGUUAUUCAGCCCCAGAGGAAUCGUGACCCACAGGUUGAGAACUGCUGCUCUGGGGAUUGCCAUGCUUCCAGCCUGCCUGCAAUUUCUCACAUUGGGAAGCUGAGAGACUUUCUCCUGGAACACAGGAAGGAGUAUAUUAAUGCUUACAGCCAUACCAUGUCCGAAUAUGGGAGGAUGACGGAUGCCGAGCGAGACCAGAUAGACCAGGAUGCUCAGAUAUUCAUGAGGACUUGUUCAGAGGCAAUUCAGCAACUCAGAACAGAAGCCCACAAGGAGAUACAUUCCCAGCAAGUGAAGGAACACAGGACCGCGGUUUUGGAUUUCGUUGAAGAUUACUUAAAAAGAGUAUGUAAGCUUUACUCUGAACAAAGAGCCAUCCGAGUUAAGCGUGUGGUGGAUAAGAAGAGACUAUCUAAGCUGGAACCUGAGCCAAAUACAAAGAGGAAAGAACCCCCAUCUGAGAAAGCCUCACAGACUGCUUCCCAGGACUCUGAAGAAAAGUCUGCUGCCGAGGAGCUUCCAGAAAAACCAGUGGCCGAAGCACAACCUGAACUGGGAACCUGGGGUGAUGGCAAUGGUGAAGAUGAACUGUCUCCAGAAGAGAUACAGAUGUUUGAACAAGAAAAUCAGCGGCUCAUUGGUGAAAUGAACAGCUUAUUUGAUGAAGUGAGGCAAAUCGAAGGGAAAGUUGUUGAAAUUUCCAGACUCCAAGAGAUAUUCACUGAAAAAGUCUUGCAACAGGAAACUGAGAUUGACAGCAUUCACCAGUUAGUCGUGGGGGCAACUGAAAACAUCAAGGAAGGCAACGAAGACAUACGAGAGGCCAUCAAAAACAAUGCCGGCUUCAGAGUGUGGAUCCUCUUCUUCCUCGUGAUGUGUUCCUUCUCCUUGCUCUUCCUUGACUGGUACGACAGCUAGCCCACCAGGGCUACACCCGUGCCCACACUGCUGCCUGACAUACACCAUGUGCCAGCAUAUGUCUCAUCUGCCCUGUAGCUGUGUAAGGUCCAAGGACUGGGGAGUCGUGGCCCCCAAGCCAACAUUUGGAACCUGUCAGGACCUGGAAAUGCAUGGAUUAAAAGUGUCCUAGAGAGUUUUCAGAGGAUGGGGUAGGUGGUGGGGCAGUCAUGUGCUGCACCUCCAGGAGAGGCCACAAGCAUGGCAGGGCUGAACAGGGCAGGGAUAUGGCACACCUGUUGUCCCCAUUACAAUGCUUGAGGCCUUGUCUCCCGCCUUCCCACACCAGUAGCUUCAGGGGAGAACAUGCCUAAUGUUUCUAAAGUCAUUGGUUCUUACUCCUUGUGGUGUCUAAUGUGUGCUGAUAUGUGGCCAUCUUGUCAUGGAAAAUAGUUCACAUCUGCCUUGUCAAGCUAAUAAAUGCAAUUACAGCCA